AUGGACCUUCCCUUGUCAUUAUACCAGCAUCCCCCUCUUCGGCCAUCGACGGACGGAUGUCAGACAUUCCUCUCCUCCUCCUCUUCGCCAUCCGUCUCCUCCUUCAACCGCAACCGUACGGCCUACGCCAGCCGUUGCCUUCCAGCAAGCUGCGCCUCUCCGUCCGCGCCGCGGCGCGAGGGUGCUCCGCCUUGCGAGCCCUGCUGGCCUAUCCGAGGCCGCGGGGCUCUGUACAUGUCUCUGUCCCAUUUCAAGCGCGACAGCGGACCCGCACCGCGUCCAGCCUACGGGGCUGGACGACCGAGUCCCUCGCCUCCCUGCCUCUCUCAGACGCUCUCAUCACUCUCACUCGCAUUGAUCCAUGCUUCCGCCAGCAAUCCCAACUUGAUACCUCGUCUUGGUCCUGGACGGGCCAGCCCGGCCAACGCCGUUUGGAUCUGGGUGUCUCGUCUGCGGUUGCCCGGUGGAUGCGUGAUGCACUUGCUCGCGAGAGUGAGGCACGAGGAGGACCUCGCCUUCCCUCUUGGCUCUGGCCGACCCACCCCUCUGUCUCCCUUCUCUGUCUCUCACAAGUCCUCACUCUCCCUCUCUCUUUCCCGCCGUCUAUUGACCACACUCCGACCGACUACUCCUACUGUAUUUCUUGCUCCGGUCUCGUCGACGUCUUCGUCCACUCUCCCUGUGCCUCGUCUCGCCGCUUUUGGCUCUCCAUCGCUGUAUCCCCCCUCUGCCCUCGUCUUGGUCGCGUAG